CCUUCAAACGUCAAAACUCCAAUUAUGUGAUAUCUUCAACUUUUUGUGGCAAGACUGUUGUUAUUACUUGUUCGGAGUUGAAUACUUUGUUUGGGCUUGACAAUUGUAAGGCUGAACUCUCUACUGCAAAGGUUUCUACAAAUUUUUGGUACACUUUUGAUGAAAGGCUAUGUUGGGAAGAAAUGGGUUUUCAACCUCAGCUCAAUGAUUCGGGCAGGCCAAUGGUUAGUGGGAUGCAGCCCCCUCAACGCUUGCUUCAGUACAUUUCUUCUUACAUCUUGCGGGGUCGAGCUGGAAAUCAUCCCCAAAUGAGCAAAGAUGAUUCUAUGCUCAUUUAUGCAAUUCUUAAACCUGUCAAAGUCAAUUGGGGUAAGUACAUUAUGAGUUAUAUGCAUCAUUGCCGUGCGAGAGCGAGAGCUCUACCCUAUCCCAUUCUUCUUACAUUCUUGUUGAAGAAAAAGGGAUUUGUUUUUGCCAAUGAGGAUAUGAAACCUGAGACACCAUUUUGGAGGAUCAAACGGGAAACUGUGAUGCGGGCUAUGCAUGAUACAAAUGAAGAGAAUCGUGUGCGUUCUGGACCAUCCGAACGCCGUUUUGCCACGUCUAAUGGAAAAGUGACCCUGCCCAUGCUCUUCGAGUCCUUACAAGAUAUUCGCCGUCAACAAGCAAUUCAUGGGUAUAAUUUAAACAAGUUGUUGGUAAAACAUGGUGAGCAAUGGGAGUCUCCAUCUCUGGAUAUGCUACAACCAUAUAUGGGUCAUGGUUCUUCCUCCUCUACUUCGCAUGGUGCUGGGAAUGAUGAUGAUGAUGAUGAUGAUGACAAUGAUGAUGAUGCCGAUGACGAUGGUGAUGAUGGCGCUCGAAGAGGGGACUGCUCCUCUGAGGACUCCAACUCAUCUUCCUCGACCGGGUCUUCUUCUCCUGAAUCCACGCCCGGUCAGGUUCCCAACUCCUCUAUUCCCGACCCGCAUCCUGUUAACCAGAUGCCCGGUGAAACUUUCGUGGGGAGGGAUGACCCGGUCGAUGACGAACCGGGUCCCUAUGACCCUGAACACGAAACCCGGGAUGCGUGGGAGGAGCGGCUUCAUGCUGCCGGUUACUUUCCGCUUCCCACUUUCUACGUCCUUGACAUCCCUUUCCGUGUAUCCAAAAUCGCUCUGAAUAAAAUUCGUAGGAGGCUCCCGGAUGGGUAUACCCUCCUGUAUGAACCCAACUGGCCCAACAUUGUCGAACCCCACCGGGAGGACAGGAUAGGGUUCCAUACCAUAUCACUGGAUGCGGGCAUAGUUUUUCCCCUUCGCCCCCUCCUUACCGAAGUCUGCCAUGCGUUUAGGAUUUUGCCCGGUCAAAUAACACCUAACGCCCACCGGUAUCUCCAUUCCUUCGUAACUAUCUGUACUCAUUUGAAAAUCUUCCCCUCUUUGCGUCUUUUUCUCUUUUGCUUUGAAGUCCUACCGGGCGAAUCUGGCUGCGAAGGUUUUGUAUUCUUCAAAGCCCGUACCGGUAGGAAGUUCAUUUUCGAAGUCCCCCAAAGUAACCGGGGAUGGAAGGAAAAGUUUGUUUUCAUCGAGUUUCCCCCCUUCGUCACUCCUCUGGCCGGUCUGAAAUGGAAUGACCAUCUCCUCGACCAAGAGUAUGCUGCACCGGCUUCCUCCCCAGACUUGGAAGCGAAUCUUGAGGUCCUUAUGCGCGGUGAUCCUUUCACUGGGAGGAUCUUCCAUUAUGGCAGCUGGGUCUGGAGGGUCGAGUCGGGUGGUGAGGGUACCUCCCAGGCCCAUGAAGCAGCGGGGCGCGGGGUACCCUCCUCGGGCAACGCUGCAGAUGCUGAGGGCCAAAACCACCCAGAUAUGGAGUUCGAGGAGUUCGCCAUCCCUGACGACCAACCAGCCGGAGAGACCGGGGGCUCCCAAGCCAAUACUGCCAGAACCUUCCUGGUCAAUCCAGAGACCGUGGAGAUCCUCGACAAAGAUGAGCCCCAAGACAACCGGUCUAAGGGGAAGGAAAAGGAAAAGACCGGUCGACGGAUGAAGAAGGUGGCUACCACGCACCCUUCCUAUGCCAAGAAGAGGGCAAGGUCGGAUCCUGAGCCGGCCGGCCAGACCAUUGAAGAGGCCUUCAUUAUUCUGGGGCUGAGGCUGAAGGAGAUUGGGUCGCACACAGUGGACCGGUUGGGGAUGGGUUCCCCUUCUGAAGUCGACCGGCUGAAGAGGGAGAAAGAAGAGAUGGCCCUCAUCUUGAAGAGCCAGGCUGAUGAGCUGAUCAGGCUGUCUGGGCUAGCCGGGGCCAUGAAGACCGAGAUCUCCCAGCUGAAGGAGGAGAAUGGCCGGCUCAUGGACGAAGUCUCUGAGGCCAAGAGGGAAAUGGCGGAGAAGGAAGAAACCUUCCCCGGGCGCGCAGCUGCCUGGGUGGAAGAAGAACAAAGCCGCUGCUGCCCGGGUGAUGACGGCGACGCCGGAAGCCACGAUGGAGUCCUUCAGGCUCCUGUACCGGGAGCCUGAAGGGAAGAAGAUGAUUACCGCCGUUGGAUCUUUCAGAUUCAAGUGCGGUCAAAAGAAAGACCGAGCAGCUUCCCACCGGAUCCUCCUGAAGAGAGACCCGGCCUUCACUGCAGCUUCUUACGGCCUGGCUCCUAUCCCAGAGGAAGAGCCUACUCCCCCUUUCCCCUUAGAUUAGGAUCUCCUCGGCCUAGACAGGUUGUGUU